CGAGAAUUCCUUUUUUUCAUCUCUACAUCGCCCCAAAUUAAACAUGAAAGUCAACAGAUAUUUUCUCAUUGCUCUGGUGCUCACCGUCAUGACCUCUAUGGCAGCCGCUGAAGACGUCUCAGGAUGGAGCACAAGCCAACUCAAGGAAUGGUUGGACGAGCACAAGAUUUCAUACAACAAAAAGACCGAUCACAGCGGUUACAUCGAUCUUGUUAAGCAGUACCAGGAUACUGCAGCAAAGACCUACGAUUACUACGGUCAAAAGAUCGAUUUCAUCACCAACGAUGUACAAAGCAAGUUGGCUGCCAACAAGGAGACAUCAGAGGCCAAUGUAGAUUAUAUUACCUCGGAAAUUCGACGAUAUCUUCGAACUGCAGAGUUGCAAGGUGAAUUGACUUGGGAGAGUAUUCAGGGAGCUUUGAAUAAAGCCCGAAAGGACGUUCUUAAACAGAAGGCUGCCACGACUCAACAGUGGGAUUCUAUUGUCAACAAUGUCAGCAAUGCCUACCAACGUCAAAACUUUAUGCAACGGUUCUUCACCCGUGACACUGCCUCCAGCGCUUGGUUCAACCAAGUCGGAGAUCACCUUCGUCAACAAGGAUCAUUAACUGCCGAUAAUGUCAACCAUAUCGUCAGUUUGGUUCGUGAACGUGUGAGCUCUGUAGCUGACUGGUCGCAAGACAAGGCUUCCCAAGAUAAAACAUGGUUCCAACAGCUCAAGAAGGAUUUGGAAAAGAAUAGCAACAUGACGCAAGAGCAAAUCUCAGCCGCCCUCUCAUCGGUUGAGGCUGACUAUAACUCUUAUAAGGCCUUCGCUAUCGAUUAUGCUAAUGGAGUGUAUGAUAAUACUCAAGCUUUUGUUCAGCAAGUCAAGGAGAAACUUCAGCAAACUGGAGAACUCACUCAAGCCAAGAUCAAUGAUAUCACCACUGACUUGCAAAACCGAUUUUCCGAUUUCCAUUGGUUCUGGCAAAAGGAACCUGAGCCCAAGACUUACUUUGAACAAAUGCGUGAAGACCUCCUCGCUCGCAAGGAUGCUGGUGUAGAUCAGGUCAACAGCGUUAUCGGCUUGAUCUCCUCCACUUUUGAUGAGUACGUGGCCACCGUCCGAAACUACGUCAAUCCUACCCCCACCGAUAUUGCUGGUCACGUCAGAUCAGCUGCCUCUUCCAUUUCUUCCCAGUAUUCUUCUGCCUCUGUAUCUAGAUCCAAGGCUGCUGAGUGGGCCAGCACCACAUCUGCUGCCUCAUCUGCUGUCUCUGUUGCUUCAUCUGCUGCUGCAUCGGCUACCGACGCCGCAGCAUCGUCCGCUUCAUCCCUCGUCAAUGCCGUCACUUCCCCUAUCGGCAGCACUUAUGCUAAAGCCACUGACGCAGCUCAAGGCUGGCAAUCUCAGGCAACCGAUGACAUCAACAGUUUUGUCAAAGAGACUGAACAACAAAUGAUCAACGCCAAGGAGUACUCGCAAUCCCAGAUCAACUGGCUUAAGGAGUACCUUAAUAACAACUUCCAUGACAAGAAGUCCGUCAGCGAAAAGGAUAUCAACGAUGCUACCAACACCAUCCGCAACUACUUUUCCUCAGACAAGCCUGAGAACAAGAAGGAUGAUGAGGCACUUGUCGACCACAUUAAGGCUGGUUUGGAGUCGUGGAAGAACAAGUUGUAUCGCAAGGACGAGUUGUAAAUAAGAAGGUUUUAACCAACAUGACAUAACAAAACAAAACAAAAAAACACAGAGGAUAUGUAUAUAGUACUUUGCAUCAUUCAAAUGUUCCAAUUUUUUUUCUUCUAAACAAUAAGAAUAUCCUUCUGGUCUUUGGUUUAUACCUUAACUUGUGCGCGCCCAUCAAUGAAAUUUACAUGCAAUAUGCAUUGAUUGACCCAUCCAAAGAGUCAUC